AUGGAUGAAAAGGAGAGCAUCCGUCCUGAUGACAGUGCAAGUGUCCGAGCAGCAGAGGAUGAUGACACGAAUGCAGUAAGCAGGGAAUCAAGUUUCCACCGUGAUCAAGAGCCUCAGACCUUAGGAUCACAGACAGCCUAUCGACCUGAUGCGUCUGGCGUCACAAUUGCAGCUCGUCGUUACCACACCUUGACCUUGACAAACCCACCAAGGUUUGGGGAUUUGCCUGUUGGUCCCAUUGUCCAAGAGAGUACCCAGCAGACACGGUCGGUCAAUUCGGUUUCCCAACCUCCCGAUUCGGAUGAUCAGGUGUCGGCACUUCCCGUUGCACCAGAUGAGAAGCUACUUGAUGCUCUAGCAAGCCCAAAGGAUCGCCUACCUCUUCUACAGCUAGAAGCGAAAUUUCUUGGCUUCAUUGCAAAUCCUGAGAGCGAGUUUCUCGACCUCCCUCCACAGAAUUCUUUUGCCAGACUUCUUUCGCACAAACUUGCAGAUUACUACUCUCUUGCUCAUCAUAUCAAUGAAGAUGGCACCUCGAUUCGCCUUUUCAGGACUCCUUGCGCAUCCCUGCCUACUCCUUUACAUAUCUUAGCUCAGUCUAUUCCCGCCGGUCAGUCACAGGCUCCCGCAGCCACGGCUAUGAAAAUCAUGCGUAGGGCUGGGUUAGGUCUACGUCAAGGUUCUGCCAGCGGUAGCACUCCUGCGAGCUCAUCUGUUCCCUCGAAAGCAACUUCGGAAGCAGGCUUGGACCUAAAUGUUGACGAAGGUAUCAUUUCUCCCAUCGAUGGGCCCCCCGGCAAAGACAAGUCCAAACUCACGAGGGAAGAGCGGGAGGCCCAGUACAAGGCAGCGAGAGAAAGAAUCUUCGGUGAUUUCCAAGAGUCUGUUACUAGCGAGAGUGCAUCGACCGGAGAAAACUCAGCUAGUAUGUCUCGGUCCAGCUCGUCCAGCGGGAAGAAGAAGUCGCGGAAGCACAAAACCCCGAAGGACGAUGGUUUCGAGGCUCGCUCUGCAUUUUUCCCCAGUUAUACGCCUUUGCACAUGCAACACCUCCAACCUCAAUAUCAGCCUCAAUACGCGGAGCAGACUUAUCAAGGCCCAUAUCAAGGCCCUCCCAAUGGGCUUGGUGCAGGCUUGAAUUACGGAAGCACUCCCACACAAUCUUAUCCUGGCUUCGAGCCAACCAUGCCGUACAACGCCGGCAUGGGAUACAUGCCCAAUACCAACCAGCAAUUUGUUCCAACCGAUUCGUGGUCAUCAAUGCAACCGCCGUCCUCUGGGGAGUAUUUCAACUAUUCUGCGUCUUCGACCAGCUAUCAGCAAAGUGUCUCACCAAUGAUGGGUCACAUGAGUGGGCAAUUCAUGUCACCAGGUCAGGCGGGAAUGCAGCAGCCCCAGAAUUGGAUUAAUGGCCAGUUUCAAUCUCCCUAUCAGCAACCCCCAGGCCCGACCGGCCCAACCUUGAAUAACUGGUCGGGUUUCCCAUCUACUCCAGCUCUAGGGAACUCAACAUCUUACGGGUACUGGCAACCCCCUGGUCAGAACUACGCUGCAAAUGCUGCCUACAAUGCCCAGCAUCCUAUCGCCGGCAGCUACUCAAGGUCGUUGUUCAACCCACAGACACGAUCUUUCAUACCAAACAAUGCUCUCGGCCGCGUCGGCGGCCACAAUAGCCGGAAGAAAUUGUCACCUGCGCCGAGCCAGAAUCGAGCUAACAGUUCCUCGAAGCCCAUUACUACCACCGAGUUUCCGGGGCCAGCUGCGUCGUCUCCGCCACAGCGUUUUGACAAAGGGCCGAGUACCUCAUCAGCGCCUAACCCCCAAACAGACUCCUUACAACAAAAGUAUGGCGCCCCGGCACAUCUUCCUAAGAAACCUCCACCGUCACAAGUCCCAUCUCCGUAUGAUGUUGACAACAUCACCAACACGGCACUAAGUACGGGGCCCGGGUCUGUAAAUGGAGGUUCAGGCGCCGGAGAGGGCGGAUCGAAUGGUAGCUCUCAUACAUAA